AUGAACGGAGUUAUUGAGGCACUUCACAUUUACGAUGAAUACCGGCACAAACCCUAUUCUAUCGCAUACCUACGCAGGGAGGCCGUUGUCAGCAACUCAUCUCCUGCCCCUCUACCUAGAACACACUCUACCGCGACCGAACCUGAUUUACCUCCCCAAUACGAGCCCCCCGACGCUCGCCUUCAGUCUGACGCACGCGAACCUCUUAUUCCUUGCUACAUCGUCGACCGAAAUCGAACCCUCUUAACAGAGAUGUGUGACGCAGGUACGAUAAGCACAACAGAACCGAAUGCCCUACGUGAAGUGGUAGAGCAGGAAGGCUGGGUUGGAAAACUACUGGGAAGUAUUAAUCUUCCAGGAAAAGCUCCUCUGGGCGCCAAUUUUUCGAAUUCAAGCACACCAUCCAUUCUGCCCUCGAACUCAACCGCUUUACCGUGGAGGCGAGCCAACGUACGGCACACGUCCAAUGAGAUGUAUGCCGACAUCGUCGAAACUUUGUCAGUAACACUUGCUCCGUCAGGAAGACCUCUUGCUGCCUUUGCCAAUGGAACGAUCGCAUUCACUUCAAAGGUAUCAGGUAUUCCUGAUAUUACGCUUAAUAUCACUAGCCCAUCAGGAAAACACAACCUCGGGGGCAUUAUGGAACUACCAGUGUUCCACCCGUGCGUGCGGCUCAACCGAUGGAAAGAGAGACCAGGCGAACUCAGCUUCAUUCCACCUGAUGGAAGAUUUAUCUUGGCUGGAUAUGAAGUUGAUUUACUGCCCUUUUCAAGUGGGAAGAGUGGAAGUCUUAGCUCCAACAACCUCAAGUUACCGAUUAAUAUGGAAGUAAAAACAGGACUAGGUGCAACAGGGUCUGAUUUCGAAGUCCGAUUACAGGUCAACAAGAUUCCUGCAGCACCUUCGCCGGCACCAUCAGGACUGGGAAGAGGCGGCAGUGGAGGUCGAUUAGGCGGACCUCAUCCUGGAUCGCCAGGAGCACCUUUGAUGGAUGACCUCACUGUGACCAUCCCACUCCCAGCAGAUGUCAGGAACCUAUCUGAGAUCCGGCCUAGCAAGGGGGAUGCCAGCUUUAAUCCGGGAGAGAAGGUCUUGGAAUGGUACAUUCCCGCAAAGGAGCUGUCAGUCGGAACAAGCUACUUUGGACUCAGAGGCACUGUGGUGGGACCACUGGCAGAGGAGGGUGAUGGGGGAUUCGAUCCUAACGGAUUUGGAUUUGGAACAGACUACACAUUUGACGGGCCAUAUCAGAGCGUUCCUGUUGCCAAGGCGGCACAGAACCCGGAGAGCACAGGCGAUGACAAGGACGCCAAGAAGAUCGCACAGAACAAAAUCCUGAUGCCAACAUCGGCCUCAGUAAGCUUCUCGGUCAAAGGAUGGUUGGCAAGUGGUCUGAAGGUCGAGAGUAUUCAACUCGACACACGCAAGAGUAAGGGUCUGGGAGAUAGUGUCAAGCCAUACAAGGGUGUCAAAUACUUGACAAUCAGCAAGGGAGGUGUGGAGAUACGAUGUUAA